CAGAACUGCAGCCAAGAAACUCUCAAAAGCUGCUUCCAGUGCCUGCUGGGAUUCCAAGGCUGGUUUUAUUCCUCCCCUGCUGGAACUUGCUGCUCCAAAGACAAGAGGGAAGCUGGACUCAGCUAAUUACAUUGGAGGAUUAAUUACAUUGCCAUGGUCUCCAUGUGAUACUGGAUUGAUUUUUAAUUUUUUUUUUUUUUAACACAACUGAACAGGGUUUUUUUUUUCCCUCCCCUCAUCUCUUUCAUCUUUUUCUGCACACACACAGUGGAGAUGUUGCAAGCAGUCUGCAUGAGUCCUGAGCUGCUUGUCAACCAAAACGUGAGUGAAAGUGAAAUCUGUGGCUACAGCCCAGGCCAGGGAUCUCCUCUGCCUGGAGAAACUGCCAGCCCCAAGAGCUGCUUCCAGCAGAGCCCAUCCCUGCCAGACUCUGGAUUAACUGAGCUGAACGUGGCGAGUCCCAGGAUCUACCACCCUCCUCCUCCAUGCAACCCUCCAGGGAUGCCUGCUCCUGCUGACUCUGAACUUAGCUCUGAUCCCCCUCAGAAGCGCUACAUGGGUGUGAGAGUGAAGAUGCCAGUGCGGGAAUUGCUGAGGAAAAUCCGACUUUCCAAAGGCUUGGACCCGACUCCUGGCAAGGAAGCCUCAUCAGUGAAGAUGGUAGCCAAAGGAUCCUCAGGAAAAACAGCAGAGAAGAGGAGAUCUCACCCUUAUACAGAGAAACAGCUUAGACAGAGCAAGCAGAGCACUGGGCAAACCCCCAAAGGCUUGGAGGACCUCGACAUCCUGGUGGAGGUGCUGCAGGAGGAUCUGAAGGAGAGCCAGCUCAGGGAGGAGCCUCGGCAUCCCGUGCCAGACGGGUUUUGGCAGGGAUUCUCCACGGAGCUGCAAAGCUGCCGGUGGGAAAGCGAGGAGGCAGCUGGGGGCCUGCAGGGCCCAGCAGAGCUGCACCCCAAAUCCUGCGGGAGGGAUUUGCACCCAGUCCUGCGGGGACAGGCAGAGCCCUCCUUCCCUGGGCAGCAGGGAAGCACCCAAAGGUCCGGCUGGCCCGGAACGUUCUCCAGGAGGGGCCAGAAAGGGAGCAGCUGCUGGGUGCAGGAUGCUCUCCCGAGCUCCCAGGAAGGUUUCUCGAGGAACUCUGCAUCCCAGGAAGGUUUCUCGAGGAAUUCUCCAUCCCAGGAAGGUUUCUCAAGGAAUUCUGCACCCCAGGGAUGUUUCCUGAGGAACUCUCAGUCUGAGGAAGGUCUCCUAAGGAACUCUCCAUCCCAAGAAGGUUUCUCGAGGAAUUCUCAAUCCCACAAAUGUUUCUCGAGGAAUUCACCAUCCCAGGAAGGUCUCCUGAGGAACUCUCCAUCCCAGGAAGGUUUCUUAAAGAAUUCUCCAUCCCAGGAAUGUUUCUUAAGGAAUUCUCCAUCCCAGGAAGGUUUCUCAAGGAAUUCUCCAUCCCAGGAAUGUUUCUUAAGGAAUUCUCCAUCCCAGGAAGGUUUCUCAAGAAACUCUCCAUCCCAGGAAUGUUUCCCAAGAAACUCUCAAUCCCACGAACAUUUCUUGAGGAAUUUUCCAUCCCAGAAAGGUUUCUCAAGGAAUUCUCCACCCCAGGGAUGUUUCCUGAGGAACUCUCCAUCCAGGGAAGGUUUCUCGAGGAAUUCUCCACCCCAGGAAGGUUUCUCAAGGAAUUCUCCAUCCCAGGACACGCCUGCACUCCCCAGCCUGGCAGAGAAGUUGCUGGAAGCUCCCAGGGGCUCUCCAGAUGUGGAGGGACAUUUGAGGCUGACCCCAAAUUCCGUCACCAGGCAGGACCUCUCUGCCCUCUCCUUCUUCCAGUUCCAGCUGCGCAGGGAGGAAAAUUUCCUGAGGAACAUCCCAGAGGAAAAACUGCUGGCUCCUGAUGAAAAUGGCAACAGGCUGCUGCACAAGGCUGUUGCCCAGGGAAGGAGGGCUCUGACUUUUGCCCUGGCCCAGAGAUUUGCAUCCCUCAACAAGAUCGACGAGAAGGAUGCAGAGAAAAGGACUGCUUUACAUCUUGCUGCAGAAAAGAACCAACACCUGAUGGUGAGUGACCUGAUCUCCCUGGGAGCCAACGUCAAUGAGCAGGACAGCUCUGGGAAAACUCCCCUCCACCUGUGUGCAGAGAACGGAUACCUGAGAGUUCUGGAGGUCCUGAAAAGCUGCAAGAACAAGGGGGUGUGUGUGGAAGUGGAUCUGCCUGACCACUGCGGUUUGACACCCCUGCACUGUGCUGCUCUUGCCCACACCGUGCUGGUGGCAGAAUCCCAGAGCACUGCCAGGGACACCGGGAGGUUCCUGAGGCUGCGGAGAGCCCAAAUCCUGGAGGGAAUUCUCUGCCUGCUGCAGAUGGGAGCAAAGCCUCAGCUGCAGGUUCUGAAUUCGUGGCAAACCUCCACCCCCUGCCUAAAACUCGAGGAGAACACAGAGCUCAUGUGUUUGCUUCAGACUCAUAAACCCCAGGCACAGGAUGUUCCUCGGGAGAGCUGCAGCCUGCUGGAUGCUCCCAGAGGAAUCCCCGCUCCCCCAGCUGCAGAUAUCCUGCCUGAACUUUGCUCCGUGUCAUCCCCAGAGCUCCUGGAUGUCCUUCUCAGAGGGAAAUGCUGAGAGCUCCCAUCACCUGCAUCGGAUGGGCCACCUGCUGCAGGAGAGGCACCAAAAUACAGAAUAUAUUCUAUUCUAUUCUAUCUUGAACUGACUGCUGCAAAGAUCUCACCCAGACCCAGAAUGAAAGAGCAAAAAGAUAAAUGAGGGAAAUCCUCAGCACCAGAAAUUCAGUGUUAGGUGCUCCAGGAAGAAUCAGAUCUUCAUUUUCUCCCAAAUUUGUGCUUCUCUGCUCAGGUCUGAGGUCACUCUGAAGCUCUGAUGAUUUUUCAUGCAGGUGUUUAGCCCAAGAAAAAGAUUUUCACCAUCCAGGGCUACAUAUUGAGGGUUUCAGUCUAAAAUUAGUCUCUACACUCCAAAUUCAAUAUAUAGACUGAAAAUCUCAGUAAUUUUAAACAUGAGCUCUGGGAAUUCAGAGCCUAAAUAUUAAAAAUAUUUUAUAUUUUCUGCAGUAUUUGGCCAAGGCUGCAGUGGUCAUACUUUAAGGCAGUCUCAUGGUGACGUCCUUCCAAAAUAAAACAUCGUGCUGAGCAUGUUUUUUCAACAGAACUCAAGCUUUUUAUUGAUGCAAUCAGAAUUUUGCACCCAUAGUGGAUUGUAGGUGAAGUCUGGGACAAAGUGUUUCAAAUCAGCUCCUUUCUAACAGAUCUAACAGAGGGUUUUACCUUUAUAAAACUGAAAUCUGUAGCAACAGCUUUUGAAGGAUCAUUUUUUACACCAGGCUGGGAGCACAACAAGGAGCUGAAAUGAUCCUGUACUGCCAGAAAAUCAAGUUAUUCAGCAGAAUUGCUACAAACUAGAUCAUUUUUUAUUUUUAAUUAUUUCUUCCCGGACUUACUCCCAUUUCAUUUGAACUUCUGGUUGCGAGUUUGCUGGUUUCUAUGAAACUUCCCUGUUUGCUACAUAGGGAGCAAUUCUACUUUUACAGAAGCUAAACCCAAAACCCAAAACUGAUCCAGCAGCUCCUCACGUGUCUCCUGUAGAGGAAAAUGGGAGAUUUCCACGUGAAACCACUGCAGGAUCCAGUGUUAAGUACUCAGCAUCUUUGGGGAAUGUUUUUAAUGAACCCUUUGCAUUUGUUUCUUGUACAAAAAAAAAAAAAAAAAAAAAAAAAAAAAGGGUAUUUUUUUGUUAUGGGGUUUCCUUAAGUGUUAAGCUCCAAGAGCUACAUUGCACAAGGUGAAUUCACUUGGAGAAGUGGCAGUGUUGAAGUGAAUUCCAAUGGGAUUUAGGUCAUAUCCUAUGAUUCUGAUGCCCUGAACAGCUAAAGAGUUCUCCUUUGUAUUUUCUCUAGUCUGAGAGAGACAUAAUUAUUCAUAAUCUUUCAGUAUUUCAUUAAAAAUGUAUAUAUCUUAUAUGUUAUUCUCAUGAUGAGUUGUAUAACUCAUCCGCCUCCUUCCAAAGCUUUCCCUCAUGUUUUAAUAAUCUUUGGUCUUUUCUUUUUUCCCUUUUUUUCCCAGGUUUUGUGGAUAUUUUUCCUCUUUGAAUAUUUCUCUCUGUCCCCCAUCACUGCCCAUCCUCUUUUCUGUUUGCAUUUUAACUCACAUCUGCUCUCACAGAACUUUUUAUUCAUUUGAAGGCAAUUAAGGAAAAACUUCUGGGUUAGCUCAGCUUCCAUUUGUGGGAUUGAAGGGUCAGAUCCAGCUCCUUAUUUUCACUAUAAACUGACCCAGAAAUCCCACAGCCAGAAAUAUCUGCAGGGAAAAAAACCUGAAUUUUCUCACAGGUUUUCUUAAAAAAAGCAUAGACAACUCUGAUUUAAUAAUCCACCAUUAAUAUUUUAGUCAUGAGAACCAUUCAGGUUGGAAAGGACAGGAGUAUUAAACUAUUCCUACAGAUAUCAUUUAUUCAAUAUACUCAGAGAUGAACUUGCUUCUACAGUAUAUUCUACCACAGUUAUCCAUUAAUUGCAUUGUUAAUCGCUUUACAUUGUUUCACUGCUCCUUCCUGCCAAUAAAUACAUUUAUUUUAUGCAGUAA